AUUAAUAAUGCAUAUGAACUAGAUGAUACUUCAGUGUCCUUGAGGUACAAAUUGUCCAACAUCAGUUAUUUCCUCAGAAUGAAAGAACAUGCGAAGAUACAGAUUAUGGAUUGGCAUAUUAUGUUUCAUAUCUGUGAUGGUAAACAUUAUCUGGUUGACAUGGACAGUCAGUAACCUGAACCCACAGACAAAUAAAGGAGUUUACGGAUUGAACAAACCUGCAUUUCAAGUUUGUCCAAAUGCGAGCGUUUCAACGGACAUUACUUAUUCACCGUCUGUCGUUUUACAGAAAUGUGCAAAUAUUCAGAUAUAUGCUUAUGCUUUCGUCAUGCUGCAAAAUGUUGUGAUAAAUCCUACUAAAGCUAAAAGUAAAAAAGGAGGAGAAGAUUUAACCAAAGUCAUUGGCCAAGAAGCAGACGAAGAAGAGCUUCAGCCACAACCCGGUUAUUUUACGAUUAACUGUGAUUUCGAGAAUUUCAAACUAUUGUCAAAUGAAUACUCUCUGUUUCUUACUAAAAUGACUCGUCUGUGGAUGCAUGUUAUUGUAGCACAGGAUGGGAUGUUGAUGUUUAACGAAACCGAAAAUACUUUGACGAUCGCCGUCCACCGAAUCGAAUAUGCCAACUUAUACCACGCAAUGACGGAAUGGUACAAUACAUUUUUGGUCGCGUAUGUCUUUCGGAAGCUGAUUAAUUGCCAAAUUAAUGUACUGUUUCUUGAUGGUCAUCCGUAUUCUGAUCUAGAUUUAACGUGGUCGACACUAUUUGGAAAAGUUACCAGAGCAUCUUUUAUCAGACAACCAACAUUAUACCGUAACUUCAUUUUAGGUAUGGCGGGAAGUAGUAGCCCAUUGAACGACCAUAAAUCAAAAAGUUUGCCAAUGGUGGAAUCAUUCAGAAACUUCUUUCUAAUAAAACAUGGAAUAACUGAAACUGUGACUAAAAACUGUAACCAACUGAAUAUCCUUUUUAUAUGGAGACACGACUAUGUUGCUCAUCCACGAAACCCAAGUGGAAAAAUCAAAAGAAAAAUUAGAAAUGAAUUCGAACUUCUAGAAAACGCUAGACGUUUUUUUCCAAAUCAUAAUAUCUAUGGAAGGCAAAUGGAACAAUUAAAUUUGAAAGAACAACUUAUUUUAAUUUCAAAAACUAACAUUCUUAUUGGAAUGCACGGAGCCGGUAUGUCACAUGUAUUUUUCCUGGAAACCGGAUCAGGAGUGAUCGAGUUGUUCCCAAAAUAUACUCUUCCUUCUAAUAUACAUUUUAAAGCAAUGUCGAGAUGGCGAAAGUUAUUCUAUAAAUCAUGGCAAAAUGUACAAAGUUGGAAUGAAUUUGAUGAUGGAAGUACUUAUAUUCAUCCAACAGUGAUCAAGUAUUUAAUUCGACGAACAGUCGCAAAGAUAUGUAUCUGAUUGAAUACUAUUUUUUAGGGAUAUGCCUUACCAUUUUUUAACAAAAACUGAAAGUUUUAUGUUUCAGUUCUAGUAAUGAUACUAAAUUAUGAAAAUAAAGUAUCUCAAUGUCA